UUUUAGGAAAGCGUACCGCAGACGGACCAUUACACUUACAUGUCCGACUGCAACGCAGCCAAGUGAAGAGUCUUCGCAAAAUUAUUAUUGUAUCAGCUGGCUGAGCUGGUCGAGGACCGUCGCCGGGACACAAGCAGGCGGACCUCCAACCCCGAGGGGGAUUAGCUUGUGAACAGUUUUUAUAGAAACACCCCCUCGAGUAAAUUAACAACAUGGCGUCUCGGUCACCGUCGUCUUCCCCCGACUCCGCCACCGGCUCAGGUACCGACCCCGCUCGGCCCGACACGGGCGAGCCGCUCGGCGGGGGCUCAGACUCCGACUCGGACUUGGGCCUCGGGGAGCUGGACCGCGGGGCCGCGUGCGCGGGACUGCGCCUCGAGGGAGCCGAGCUGGAGGCGGAGUUUGACGCGGCGGCAGAGCGCGUGCCGAGUCUCGUGCAGACGGCCAGCAGGGAGCAGCUGCUGUACCUGUACGCCAGGUACAAACAGGUGAAGGUUGGAAAAUGCAAUACACCAAAGCCAGGGUUUUUUGACUUUGAAGGUCAAAGGAAGUGGCAGGCCUGGAAGCAACUGGGGGACAUGAGCGUGGAGCAGGCCAUGCAGGAGUACGUGUCCUGUGUACAGGCCCUCGAUCCGGACAGCAGCCACAUGUUCUCUGAGAAACGGGCGAAGGAGCGCAGAACAGGAUUUGGGGGCCCAGCCAUCAGCUCUCUGUACCAGGAGGAGAUGAUAAGGGAAGAAGACAAGAACAUAUUUGACUACUGCAGAGAGAACAACAUUGAGCGGGUCACCAAAGCUAUCAGCUCCGACAAGGUUGAGGUCAACGCAAAAGACGAGGAGGGCAGGGCUCUGCUGCACUGGGCCUGCGACCGGGGGCACAAGGAGCUGGUGAUCGUCCUGUUGCAGAACAAUGCUGACAUUAACAGCCAGGAUAAUGAAGGACAGACAGCAUUACACUAUGCCUCUGCAUGUGAGUUUGCUGACAUCGUGGAGCUUCUCCUCCAGGCUGGAGCAGAUCCCUCCAUUAAAGACCAGGAGGGUUCGCUGCCUGAAGAGGUCACAGAGUCCAAGGACAUCUCCUCUCUCCUCCGCCAGUACGCUGCAUCCAAGGGCUAGAUUAGGCCCUGGGUCUAGGGGCCUGGGGACCUUGGCACCCCUCAGAGCACAGCAGAGCAGUCAGAAAAGAACACCCACCUCCUUAGCAAAGCCCCCCCCUUUCCUCCCAAUAAGGUCAUUAUGUCCGCUUCCAUGGAAUGUGUUAAUCAUUAUUAAAACAGAGAAAACUGA